AUGAACUUCCUCCGCAAACUCUCCUGCUUCCACAAGCAGCACCCAAGCGAGAUCGCACACCCCUACCACAACACCCUCCCACCUCCCAAACCCAUCCUCGCACCCGCCAAGACUCCCUCCCGCUUCCCUACAAACACCACACCCUCGCCUUCGACUUCACACGACACACCAGAAAGUUCUCGAGCAACGCGGAUCGCAUCGCAAGCACCGCAGAUCCCGGCAGGUCUGUUCACGAAUCCGACUGUUCGAGUCGUGUCUGCAUCGCCAACUUCGGAACUGGAGGGAGAUGGGUCGGCGUCGCGGGAUAAGGACAUGCCGAAAAGUCCAUCGUCGUGGUUGACGACGGCGUCGGAGGAGUCGGCGGGACUAGGUGCGGAGAGGGUAGAGGAUGGACGGAAGCCGGGAGGCGAUCUGAGGACGUUGCCGUCGGUGAAAGUUACGAUGCAUGGUGAUCAGGGGAAGGAGUGGUAUCAUGCUCGUUGA